CGGGGUUGAUAAGCGGCGGCGCGGGCCCGCGCGCUCUCUUUCGGUCGCAGCGCGAGAGCGAGGCAGGAUGGGCCGCCGACCCGCGCGCUGUUACAGAUACUGCAAGAACAAGCCGUACCCCAAGUCCCGCUUCUGCCGGGGGGUUCCUGAUCCCAAGAUCCGGAUCUUCGACUUGGGCCGCAAGAAGGCGAAAGUGGACGAGUUCCCGCUAUGUGGCCACAUGGUGUCCGAUGAGUACGAACAGCUGUCCUCCGAAGCUCUGGAGGCGGCCCGGAUCUGCGCCAACAAGUACAUGGUGAAGACCUGCGGCAAGGACGGCUUCCACAUCCGCAUGCGCCUGCACCCCUUCCACGUCAUCCGCAUCAACAAGAUGUUGUCGUGCGCAGGGGCCGACAGGCUGCAGACGGGGAUGCGGGGAGCCUUCGGGAAGCCGCAGGGCACGGUUGCUCGGGUGAACAUCGGCCAGGUCAUCAUGUCAGUGCGCACCAAGACCCAGAACAAGGAGCACGUCAUCGAGGCUCUGCGCAGGGCCAAGUUCAAGUUCCCCGGCAGGCAGAAGAUCCACAUCUCCAAGAAGUGGGGCUUCACCAAGUUCAAUGCCGAGGACUUUGACGACAUGGUGGCAGAGAAGCGCCUGGUUCCCGACGGCUGCGGGGUGAAGUACAUCCCCAACCGGGGUCCCCUCAGUACCUGGCGGGCACUCCACGCUGCGUGAGAGCCUCCCCGCCAACCUCUGAAUAAACGUCUGAAUCCACCUCC